AUGCAUCGACUUUUUGCUGAGCUGGAGCCAUCUGUAACCGUCACCGAGCAAAACCUGGCAGACCGAGUUCGGUAUAUCUUGCGCUCAAAUACAUUUGAUGUCACCGAACUCGAACGUCUACGACGUAGGCUGUUUCUAUCAUCGGGUGAAAAUGCUGCGGCUGAGGAUGCGGCGCCACAACUUGCUGAGCAAACGGUAAAUGUGGAUGCCGCCGUGAAUACGCCAGUUGUGGUUGAUUCAAACGAUGAUGGAGCAGUCGCCCAGGAACUGGAACUAGAGCAGAUGAAGAGUACAUUGGAAGAGGCGAUUAUGGAAACGCGCAGUACGCUUCUCGAAAAUCGACCGCGACUUCCCCGCUUAGCCCUAAGCAAGCGGAAUCGGGCUGUCGUGAGGGCUCUGAACCCAAUGCUGGUUACCUAUUUAGAAGCCAGCCGGGACCUUUGCGAGACGGACUCAAUUUUUUUUGCCGCGGCACUGGCAGUCUGCCGUAUUAUAGGCGCCAAACUUUCCACGGCUGGACGCGCUACUAGGCAAAGUAGUGCUAUCCCAGCCUGGAGAAUAAGAAUUGAAGAACGUAUCGCAAAGGCUAGGGCCCUCAUCGGCAGACUGAUAUGCUUCAGUUCAGGCAAUACCAGGCCAAGGAUUGUGCGCACCGUCAGGAUGGCGUUUGCUGGGACAAAUGUUAGUUUGUCCCAGCCGGAUAUAAUGCAAAAACUGACGGAGCGCAUAGACGACCUGAAGCAAAGAAUCGCUGCUUGGGGAAAGCGGAUUUGGCGAUAUACCGAGAGGUCGACACGGUUCAACCAGAAUCGUCUCUUCCAGAGUGAUCAGAAGAGGCUCUAUAAAUCAUUGGAGCGAUCAAUAGUAAGUGGAACGGGCCCAGCACCAAAUCAGGCCGACACGGUCGCGUUCUGGCGCAGCCUGUGGUCCAGGAAACGCCAUUCUAACGGUGCGCACAACUCUCGGUCUAUUAUUACCCGACCUGAAGCUUGUCAGUCUGCCGAUAAGGGCCCUUGCCUUUGCGAUACGGUCCUCGAUUCUUUUUCUCCAGGCUGGGAUGGCGCUACUUUGUUGAGUAGCACGUCCAGCCAUGGGAAGUUUGGCGUCAAUAAUACGGCAUACGGCCAGCGCGGCGCCAAAAAGAAUUGA